AUGAAACGAGAAUAUCAAACACUCCCGAUUCCUUCUCAAAAUACCACAGAUUUUACUAUAAUUUAUAAUGGAACCGAUGUUCCUGUAUCAAAAUUUGUUUUAGGCUGCUAUUCUGCGUUUUUUAGAACAAUUCCUGAUUUUUUCACAGCAACAACAUUUAAAUACGACGACAUACCUUCAUUAGAAUCAUUCAAGACAUUCAUUGAUGCAGCCCACGGACACGAAUUCCCAAUAACAAAAGAAAAUAUUUAUUCAUUAUUACGCUUUGCGUCGACUUGGGAAGUAUCUACGUUGCUUGACACGCUUAUAGAGUAUUACAAUAAUAACUAUGAUAUGACUUUAUCUUUAAAGGAACUAAUUUCUUCAAAAAAUGAAAAAUAUACAAAUCUUCUAUGCAACCUUAUAUCAUCUCAACUUGACAUUGCCUUAAAAGAUGAAAGCUUCGCCAAAAUUCCAUAUUCUACAGUAGCAUUAAUUCUAAAAUCACCAAUUAAAGUUUUAAAUGACUCUCAGUUACUUUAUAAGUACCUAUGCGAUCGAAUUCCUACAUUAGAUACCAAUUUAUAUGAGCUUUUUAGGUAUGUUGAUCUUCAAACACUUACAGCUGAAUAUUCAAAGCAAAUUUUCACGAAUUUCCAACUUAUGAAGUUCUUUUCUACGUUUAAAGAGCCAAGACAGCCAGGAGAUAUCACCAACGACUACAAUGAAAUAGUUAUUGAAAUGAAGUCAGUUGAUAAAAGAAUUAAACGUCUUGAGAAGCUUAAAUUCGAAGAAAAGUUUGAAGCGAUUUCGGAACAUUUCGGAGAUAUUGAGGAACGUAUUUCCGAAGAGAUAAAGACGAGAUUAAGAGAAGAAAGGAAAGAAUUAGAUCCAGAAAACAAACUUGACAAAAAACUCAAGCAAAUGGCCGAUCUGCUUGCGAAGAAGAUUCUUGACUUGGAACAGAAGAUAAAAAGACAAGAUUUCGCUCAAGAUGCCCAUGCAAAAGAAAUAAUUUCAAAAUCUCAGGCUUUGAAUUCCAAUUUUGAUCCAAUACGUGCUGAAAUGCGCGAAAUGCAGAGAAUGCUUCGCGUUAUAAAUGUAAAACAAAUCGGAAUCACAGAGCAUGUAAACAAUAGGGCUGCUGCUAAAGAUAAAGAAUAA